AUGAAACGAGAAGCGAAGGCAAAGCAGCCCAAGAUGAAACAGCUCAAACGACUCGUGUCGGGCUUUCAGGAAGAGCAAGUCGCAUUGGCUGACAUACUGCAACGGUUAAUAAUCAAGUACGACAACAUUUUUCAGUGCCCAUUCCCAUUCAGCAUGGGAUGGCUUGGAGCACCAACGGGCCCACUACUGAAUAAUGACAAUCAAUGCUGGUAUCUACACGCGUCUUCCAUCCGCCGCUUCUCAGAUCAGGUAACUAAAGUUGUCAAAGUGUGGAUUGAACAAUUUCGAGAGCUCAAGGAUAAAUAUCACUGGAUUCAGAUAUUCGAGAAUCGAGGAGCUGCCGUCGGUUGUUCAAACGCUCAUCCACAUGGACAGCUAUGGGCAGGGAAUUUCUUACCGAAUUAUCCCUCCAGGAAGGAUAAAUGUCAACGAGAAUAUUACUCUCGCCAUGGUCGGCCUUUGUUAUUCGACGUCCUGCAAAGAGAGCAAAGGGAUGCUAGCGAGCGAAUAGUACUACAGAACCAGCACUGGACAGUGCUCGUACCUUACUGGGCAGUAUGGCCGUAUGAGACGAUGUUGCUUCCAAACAGACAUGUGCUCCGCCUUGAUGAGCUUAGCGAGGAAGAGCAAGUCGCAUUGGCUGACAUACUGCAACGGUUAAUAAUCAAGUACGACAACAUUUUUCAGUGCCCAUUCCCAUUCAGCAUGGGAUGGCUUGGAGCACCAACGGGCCCACUACUGAAUAAUGACAAUCAAUGCUGGUAUCUACACGCGUCUUCCAUCCGCCGCUUCUCAGAUCAGGUAUUUUAUACAAGAUUUCCAACGGUGCCCAAGUACAUAGCUGGAUACGAGAUGUUCUCCGAACCUCAAAGAGAUAUCACUCCCGAAGCGGCCGCUGCGACGAUUCCGAGCACAGCCUGA